UAAUCCCUAAUGUGUGUUUAUUUGAUUUUGACAUCGGGUGGUACUUGGCUUUGGAUGGGUACUUUAGGAACUCCCAAGCUCUCCAAUUAGGUCAAUAAACGGCUCUUUCUUGAUACUAUACCUUGCAAUGAGGAAAUAAUAGAGGGCGUAGCGUGAGCCGUUCCGUAGAACCGUAAUAGAGGUUCUGGAUAGGUUACAUUCCGCUGUCGCACAACGUCAAAACCUCCCACUUAACUAGGCAGCAACUCGCACACUUUCCCCAUCCAUCUAAAACCAAUCCAAAAUUCAUCAAACCCCCCUCCACACCAUCAUCAGCGCUCUGCCAUCCACCUAUUCCCUUACAAAUAAUCCAUCUCCACACAUCUCUCCAACCAUGGGCCAUUUCCAAAGCACACCCACCAACCCCUGGCCUCCAUCCGCCGGCCACCCUCAAGCCUCGUCCUUCCGAGGUCUUUUCUCCCCAACUACAAGUCUUGAAGUCAGGAGCGCUCAAAACCAAACUCUAUAUUGGGGCAGCAAGCUCCUGACGGUAUUAGCGCUCUCCGGCAUUGUUAAAGUUGGCAUCGUACCAAUCACGAAAUUCGGUCUCAUCGCCACGAAAAUCUAUCUCAUCCAGCGGAGGCGGGCGGGCAGGUAUAUACCUGAUUUCUGGGUAUUUGCGUGGUUGAUUGAUGGAGAGGGUAGGAAUGGGGAUGAUGAGGUGAAAAGGGAUGAUGUGAAGGACGAUGGGAAGGAAGAGAAAGGUGAUGUGAGCGAUGGUGAGACGUAUGGCAAGGGUGUUGGUGAUACUGUGGUCUUGGUUGGUUGAAAAUGCUACUAGCUUUCAAAGGCAAUGGGUUAGAACUUGUCAAAUGUUGUUG